GAGAAAUUGAGAAAGAGAAAAAUUUUUUAGACAUGACUUUACAAGAACAGAAAGCCAUUGUUCAUUUUUAUCAUCCCGAUUUUAGAAGAUGUAGUAUAAUCGAUGAACAUCUCACAAAAUUAGCACCAAAGCAUUUCAACACAAAGUUUUCGAAAAUUAGUGUGGAAGUUGCAAAGUUCUUUGUUCAAAAGCUUCAAGUGAGGAUACUGCCAGCAAUCAUAUGUUUCAAAGAUGGUGCAAUAGUUGAUAGAAUUGUUGGCUUUGAAGAACUAGGAAACACAGAUAGUUUCACAACAGAGGACCUUGAAAAGCGAAUUGGAGAUCAGGCAAGUGUUAUAGCAUUGCCAGACCAAGAAAACAAGUCAUCUUCUGUAUUUGGGUUUACUAAGAAAACUGAAGAUAGCGACAGUGAAGAAGAUCUUGACGACUAUUGA